CAAGCCUGCGGUUGCGGAGACCGACCGGUGUCUGCGUCGCCGCCCUGAGCGACUUUUAAUCGACCGUGAAACGAGAGAAUCCCGGACGAUGGCGUUCAGGAAAGCCGUGAAGCGGACGGCGAUCAUCGGCGGCGGGUCGCUCGCCGCCGUCUUCGGCCUCUCGCAGCUGAUCGAGUACAAGAAGACGCAGCAUGGAUUGGCUCGGUUGGCCCGCGUGGCGUUGGAGGCGGAGCUAAAGGUGCCCUUCGCAAACGAGCUGCCCACCCGGCAGGCCCAGCUCGCCGCCCUGCAGGACCCGGAGGGGUUUGACGUCCUGGUGGUCGGGGGAGGGGCCACGGGGGCGGGAUGUGCCUUGGACUCCGUCACGCGCAACCUCCGGACGGCUCUGGUGGAGAGGAACGACUUCUCCUCGGGGACGAGCAGCCGGAGCACCAAGCUGAUCCACGGCGGCGUCCGCUACCUGCAGAAGGCCAUCAUGCAGCUGGACUACGAGCAGUACAUGAUGGUGAAGGAGGCCCUCCGCGAGCGAGCCAACCUCCUGGACAUCGCGCCGCACCUGUCGGCGCCGCUGCCCAUCAUGCUCCCCGUGUACAAAUGGUGGCAGCUGCCGUACUACUGGGCGGGCAUCAAGAUGUACGACCUGGUGGCCGGCGUCCAGAACCUGAAGAGCAGCUACGUGCUGAGCAAGAGCAAAGCGCUGGAGCACUUCCCCAUGCUGAAGAAGGACAAGCUGGUGGGCGCCAUCGUGUACUACGACGGGCAGCACAAUGACGCCCGUAUGAACCUGGCCAUCGCCCUCAGCGCCGCCCGUUACGGUGCCGCUGUCGCCAACUACACCGAGGUGGUGCGGCUGCUGAAGGCGACGGACCCGCAGGGCGGCGAGGAGAAGGUGUGCGGCGCCCGCUGCAGGGACGUCCUCACAGGGCAGGAGUUCGACGUGAAGGCCAAGUGUGUGAUCAACGCCACGGGGCCGUUCACCGACUCCCUGAGGAAGAUGGACUGCCAGGAAACCCCAAAUAUCUGCCAGCCCAGCGCCGGCGUGCACAUCGUCAUCCCCGGCUACUACAGCCCUGACAACAUGGGUCUUCUCGACCCGUCCACGAGUGACGGGCGCGUCAUCUUCUUCCUGCCCUGGGAGAAGAUGACCAUCGCCGGGACGACGGACUCGCCCACCAGCGUGACGGCCCACCCCAUCCCGGGGGAGGACGACAUCAACUUCAUCCUGAGGGAGAUCCGCAACUACCUCAGCCCCGACGUGGAAGUGCGCCGAGGAGACGUGUUGGCGGCGUGGAGCGGCAUCCGGCCGCUGGUGACCGACCCCAACUCCAAGGACACGCAGUCCAUCUGCAGGAACCACAUCGUCAGCAUCAGCGACAGCGGCCUGGUCACCAUCGCCGGUGGGAAGUGGACCACCUACAGGUCCAUGGCCGAGGAGACGCUGGACGCGGCCGUGAAGACCCACGGCCUGUCGGCGGAGCCGUGCAAGACCGUGGGCCUGAUGCUGGAGGGCGCCAAGGGCUGGACGCCCACGCUCUACAUCCGCCUGGUGCAGGACUACGGCCUGGAGAACGAGGUGGCUCAGCAUCUGGCCGCCACGUACGGCGGCAAGGCCUUCGACGUGGCCAAGAUGGCGCAGGUCACCGGGAAAAGAUGGCCGAUCGUGGGGAAGAGGCUGGUGUCCGAGUUCCCGUACAUCGAGGGCGAGGUGCUGUACGCCAUGAAGGAGUACGCCUGCACGGCCAUCGACGUCAUCGCCCGCCGCACGCGGCUCGGCUUCCUGAACGUGCAGGCGGCCGAUGAGGCGCUGCCCCGCGUGGUGCAGAUCAUGGGGAAGGAGCUGCAGUGGAGCGAGGAGCAGAAGACGGCCGAGCUGGAGGCCGCCAGGAAGUUCUUGUACCUGGAGAUGGGCUACAGGUCUCGCUCCGAACAGAUGACCAAGACCUCCGAGUUCAACCUGGACAACCAGGAAGUGGCCAGGUACAAGAAGCGCUUCCACAAGUUCGACAAGGAGAGCCGAGGAUUCAUCACGACCCUGGACGUCCAGCAGGUCCUGGAGAGCAUCAACGUGCACAUCGAUGAGAACGCGCUGCACGAGAUCCUCAACGAGGUGGACCUGAACAAGAACGGCCAGGUGGAGCUCGACGAGUUCAUGCAGCUGAUGAGCGCCGUGAAGAAGGGCCAGGUGUCCGACAGCCGGCUGGCCAUGCUGAUGAAGACGGCCGAGGAGACGCUGGAUAAACGAGGCCCGGUGACGGUGGACCGGAGCGGCGGCGGGGUCUGAUCCCCGAGGACCCCCAGAGGACCAACUCAGCCCAUGGUCUGUUGUUGUUGUUUUUGUUUAAAAAAAGGGGGUUUCAUGCAAAUAAGGCGCUAUUUGAAUGACAAUAACGCAAUCAGGCGCACAAAUCUGGCCGAAUCCCCCCCCCCCCUACCUGAGUGAAAUCAGAUCUUAAGACGGAGGUGUGUGUGUGUGUGUGUGUGUUCUCAUCCCGUGCCUCUGGUGUUGCACAGCGCUUGUGUGUUUUUUCUACCGUCUUUUAAACUUUUCAUAAAUCAUUUUUUUUUUUACGCGCGCUUUUUUAUUUUGUUAAUGAUAUAAAAAUGCUCUUAAAGGUCACUGGAAAUAAUCACGCAGAGACGAACACGUUCAGCUAAACAGACAUUACGCUUUAGGAAUAUAUGAUGAAUUAAUGCAGAUUUCUUGGGGUUACAUUUUUCAUAUUUUACCUGCAAAUCGAUAAAAAAUCACCAAUUAUUUACAGGAACACCAAAGAAAUGUAUGAAUGUGCCGUUUGAGCUCAUCGGGUUAUUUAAUGUUUCUUAAAGUUUCCUGUUGGCGACUUCUUACUCCAUUUAUUGCACUAGCAGUAAACUACUGAGCAAGAGGCUUUUAUUCUGAUUUUUUCCAUUUAUAUAUAUAUAUAUGUAUUAUGUAUUUGUCCUUAUGUUACUGCAGCCAAUCAAACACAGAGAUUUAAACGUGUGUGUGUGUGUCCCUGAGAGUGAGACGUGGCGCCACAUGUUUUUCAUUGUUUGGGUGUUUUUACAAACGUGUGAAUGGUGUGUGUGUGUGUGGUGUGUCUCACGUGUGUGUGGUGUGUGUCAUGUGUGUCAUGUAUGUGCCUCGAUGUGCCUCCUUUUCACGACGCACCUCGACCAACACGAGGAGUCAUGUUCCAGAAUGUAAACUAUUUGAAUCGCAUGUUAUAUAAAGAACAUUAUUUAAAGCG